UGUGGCGGCCUCCAUGGAGCGCCUGCUGGGCGUGCAACUGAACCAGAGGCGGCCGUCAGUGGGGGCUUUGGCCGCUUUCUCCUUGGCGUGUCUCUGGUGCUGCUGCUUUUGGGGGGUUCAGGGCAGAGAGGCCGUCUGGACAUCGUUGAACGAUGACCUCUUGCUGCCGUACCCCCCUUCCCAACACGGUCCCCAGCACCACCACCGGUACGUCAGAGACUGUCAGCCGCUCGCGCACGGCAACACAACGCACGAAUCCUGGCCCGCCGACAACAGCAGCGCCAGCCCACCGACCAUCACCCGUGCGUUUGUUUCGUACUUCCCUCCUGAAGGGCAGGAUCGAAGGGCCGUGUACGGGCAUUUCACUGUGGUGAGUGACCCUUUAAGGACGUUCUCCGUGUUAGAACCCAGUGGGCAGGGAGGGUGCCGGAGCCGCACGAGAGCCACCGUGGAAGAGACCUCCCGGCUCGGCAAAUGCCUUGUGGCCCAGAACGGCGGCUAUUUUGACAUGGACACCGGGGAGUGCCUUGGGAACAUCGUAAGCGACGGGCAGUUGGUCCAGACCUCCAAAGGACUGCAGAAUGCUCAGUUUGGCAUCCGGCAAGAUGGCACACUAGUCUUUGGCUAUCUUUCAGAAGAGGAGGUCCUAGCGGAGGAGAACCCCUUCGUCCAGCUGGUGAGUGGUGUGGUUUGGCUGUUGCGUGACGGCGAGGUUUACGUGAACCAGAGCCGAGACCUGGAAUGCAGCAAGACACAGACGACGGGGACCUUUGACACGUUCAUCCAUACGAUAUCUGCCCGGACAGCCGUGGGACACGACAAAGAAGGCCGUUUGGUCUUGCUGCACGUGGACGGCCAGACAGGCGGGAGGGGCCUCAACCUCUGGGAAAUGGCUGAAUUCCUGAAGCAGCGAGGCGUCGUCAAUGCGAUCAACCUGGACGGUGGGGGGUCGGCCACCCUGGUCUUAAACGGGACUCUGGCCAGUUACCCUUCCGACCACUGCCAACCGGACCCCAUGUGGCGCUGCCCUCGCCAGAUUUCGACCAUCAUGUGCGUCCGCGAGCCACUGUGCCACCCUCCAGACUGCAGCGGCCGUGGGCACUGUGUGCUUGGGAAAUGCCAGUGCAGCGGAGCUUACUGGAGCGGGCCCGCCUGUGACGUCUUGGACUGCGGGUCUUCCAACUGCACUCCGCACGGGAUAUGUACAGAGAUGGGGUGCCUCUGUCACGCCGGCUGGAUGGGCCCAAAUUGCAGCAAAGCCUGUAUGAACGGUACCUACGGAGACGGGUGCUCCCAGACAUGCCUCUGCCUCAAUGGUGGCUGGUGCGACCCCGUGCAGGGGUCGUGCGCCUGCUUGGCCGGCUACCAAGGAAUCCUCUGCGAAGAAACCACACAGUGUCUGCCGAAGGCCGGUUGUAACCCGGAACUUAUUCUCACAGAGAAAAACUGGAUCGGCAUCACAUCAGUCUUGGCUCUUCUGCUUUUGCUCAGCGCUGCUGGAAAUGCCAAACUCCUCUUCUGCCGGUCCGCGGGACAACAGAACCGUAGCAAGUACACUUAUCAGCCGCUGGAGGAAAUGAACGGGGAGUCCACACACACUUACUCCGCUGCAGCGUGGAAGACCGAAGACGACGCGGACGAGCAGGACCCAGAUCAGGUGGAGAGCGCUGAACUCAUCUGAUUGUGGGUCUCAGUGAGACUUCCGUGUUCCCGGGGCGGGCAGGCUGGCCUCUUCCUGAGAUCUGAUUUAAUGCGGAAGCCUGUCCUCUUUGAAAAAGACCUGCUGAUGUUACAAGGAUGUCUCUGCUGGGGGAAAGAGCCUGUGCCAAUUCCCAACUCAACCCCAAGGCUCCUCGGCCGCUGAGCUGGAAAAGCCGACGAACACCCCUAACCCUGCUGUUUUGCAGUCUGUUAACAGAGCCUAGAGCCUCUUGUGAUCCCGUCGCUUGUACAGCUGCCGUUGCAAUGAGAUUGUGGUCAGAGAGGCUCAGCGUCUUCUUUUGUGGGAGCAGGACUGUAAUGUUUGGAGGCCGCAGCGGCAAGACGUGGAGGUAUAAAUCCUGCUUUAUUUAAGCCAAAGCGUCACCCGGGCCUUCAUCUCGGGGAAAGCCCUCCUCCGGCCCCAGCUUUGCCCAGAAAAAUAACUAUCAGGAAAAAUUUCCCUGCCUAGAAAAAUAACUAUCAGGAAAAAUAGUUGUCAAGCAAAAUAACUGCCAUUUGGCCACUAGAUGGCAGCCAAUACAUUACACUUCUCCCUUUCUAAUGUAUGACUUCAAACACACACCGUAAUACAAAAGGAAAGGUGGGGGGGAAAGGGACACGAGGAACGAACUUAUUAAAAAAAAUAAGUCAGGGCGUAACGUCGUGUUAGAAAGAACUGUCAAAA